CGCACAGCCUUGGAUGGAUGUGGGGAGGCAGGACCCCACUGGGGUUCCCCCGACCGACGCCAGCGAGCACCGGCGGCUCCUCCACAGCCCGGACGCCGUGUUUCAGCUCUUCAACACCUCUCUGGACUUCUGGCACGCCCAGCGCUUCUGCGCAGUGCAGUUUGGCAGGCUGCCCUCUGAGGGGCGCCGGACUGACGCCGACGGAGCUCUGCAGCUGCUGAAGGAGUCAGGACUGGGGACAUCUGUGUGGGCCAUGGAGCCAAGCCCUCCCAGUUUGGGUCCGUCAGCGAACUCGGAAAAGUAUGUGUCAGUCUCCGCUCUGAACUUCCCCCUGGAGUCCCAGGAGGGCUACGCUCGCCUUGAGGUGGUCUUCCCGCCUCUGGAGGCUGUCAGCGUGUGCGUACGUGUGCAGUGGGAUCGCCGGCACGCCAAGACGUCCACCGUGUUCUCGUACGCCGCGCCCGUCUUCACCAACGAGCUGCUGCUGCGUGCCCAGCUUGGCGGCGGCCGCGUCCUGCUGGCGCUCAUCGUGCACGGUCAGCACCGGCCCUUCAGGGCCUCCUUCGCCAACGAUGGCGCCUGGCACCACCUGUGCGUCACCUGGAGGGGGAGCGACGGCAGCUGGGCCGUGCACGUGGACGGGAGGCGGCUGGAUGGCGGGGAGGGGAAGGACACGCCGCACCAGCUCCAUGCCGGCGGCAUCUUCGUGGUGGGCCAGGAUCAGGACUCAUUCGGGGGGAACUUCAGCGAGCCCUUCGUGGGCAACGUCACGGGACUCGGCGUGUGGGAUGAGGAGCUGGAGGAGCAGCAGGUCCUGGCGCUGAACGCCUGCUCCGCCGUCGACCGACAACCGCUCUUCGCCUGGAACAUCCUGGACGUGACCCUUCACCCCGAUGUGAAGCAGGUGUCCGCCAGCGUUCGCUGCCCAGGCCGCCAGCCCAUCCUGACCCAAGGCUGCUGGGCACUGGAUGGACGCUCCCCUCCACAGACCCCUCAUUUCACCACCCUCCCCUGCUCACGGGCGCUGUCUGUCAUCUGCAUCACCCAACAAGAGCGCUUCCAGAAGAUGAAGGCACUGAGGGAUGUUACACGUGGCCAGCCGAGUCCCUUCAUGCACCACCUGAUGCAGCUCUCCAAUGGGACUCUGGCUGGAGGGGUGCUGGUCCCCGAGGAGGCCCAGAUGCUGACAUGGGAGCAGGGAGCCAAGCUUCUAGACGUGUCCCAGCAGGUCCUGGAGGAAACACCCGGGGUGCUCGAACCAUCUGACGUGCUCUCGCUAGUGCAGCUGCUGGGCCGCGCAUCUGACGUUGCUGCCGGUGGGAACGAGAGUCGGACAGAGGCUGUCACCUUUGGUCGCCACUUCCUGGCCGUGGCUGACAAGAUGAUCGAUCCCAAGAACACACCCCGGUGGAAAGAGAUCCAGCAGGUGGUGAACGGACCCAUGGUAGUGGUGCAAAGUAUCGACUGGAUGGUGACCAAUUUGAACCCCUUCCUGACGGCUGAGGACAGUGGGCUCGUCAUCCACGGCAAGAACAUCAAGCUGGAAGUGCAGCGAAGGAACCUAGGUGAAGACAGCAGCAAAACGGGCUUCUGCAGCCCAGCCUUGGAAAGGGGUUCGAGACUGGAUUGCAUUGAAGUUCCAACCCAUAACAUUAAGGCACUCCAUGAGAGCGGUUUCCAGGAGCUUACCUUGAUGAACACGUGGUAUGGCUCUCUCUGUCCGCUCCUCAAUGCUGAGGGUAACGUUGCCCUGGUUCCCAUCACGAGUGACAUUGACCUUCUUCCUGCCGUCAGUGACGGGACUCACAAGUACAUCGGUGCAGUGCUGGGGUCCUCGGUCAUCUCCAGCAUGGUGCUGGCAGCGGGGCAGCCAAUCAGCAUGGCCGUGCACUUUCACCUGCAGCAUCGGCACCGAAAUCCUCCAGGGACCGUGUAUGAUCCAGUAUGUGCGUUCUGGGAUUUUGACCUUGUGCCCGAGGCAGGUGGGAGCUGGUCCACCAAGGGCUGCAAGGUGAUCUCCACAUGGCGCGAAUCAACUUCCUGUUACUGCAACCACACCACCAACUUCGCCCUACUGCUGCAGGUCUAUGAAGUCCAGAGGAGCCCGGAGAGUGAGCACGCCCUUCAGACGUUGACUUUCAUUGGCUGCGGAGUGUCCCUCUGUGGCCUGACCUUCACCUUCAUCCUCUUCAUUGCCGUUGGGGUCCCGAAAUCAGACCGCACCACAGUCCACAAGAACCUGAUCGCGGCCCUGGGCAUCGCAGAACUUCUGCUCGUGUGUAGCGAAACGGCCUCGGAGUACCAGGAGGCCUGCCUAGUGGUGACUGCUCUGCUCCAUCUAUUCUUCAUGGCCUCCUUCACCUGGAUGCUGGUGGAGGGUCUGCUGCUGUGGAGCAAGGUGGUCUCGGUGAACAUCAGCGAGGACAGGAGGAUGAAACUCUAUUACGCCAUUGGCUGGGGGUGUCCCGUUGUCAUCGUCGGCCUGACCCUGGCACUUUUCUACGACAAGUACAAGGCAAACGACCGCUGCUGGCUCAACGUUCAGACCAACGUGAUCUGGGCCUUCGCGGGACCCGUCCUCUUCGUUCUGGCCGUCAACGCGGUGGUGCUGUGGCGCGUCGUCAUGGUGACGGUGUCCAGCGCUCGCCGCAGAGCCAAGAUGCUCACGCCCAGCUCCGGCUCCAAGGUGCAGGCGCUGGACCUCACCUGGGCGGCGACCCGACCCGUUCUCAUCCUACUGCCGGUGCUCGGUCUCACCUGGCUCUGCGGAGUCCUGGUACACCUGUCGCUGGUCCUCGCCUACCUCUUCAUUGCUCUUAAUUCCUUCCAGGGCCUGUUCAUAUUCCUGGUGUACGCCGUUUACAACAGCGAGGUAAGGACUGCCAUUAGGAGAAUCAAGGAAAAGAGGAAGGCAUUGUCUUUCACAAAUUGCUCCUCACCCAUGGGCUUCAUGCCCUCUCAGAGAACCCCAAACCCAUCCUGGACCCACACACCCAGAGUGUCUAGUCCAGAGGCCAGCGACACCUCAGGACCAGGAGGUGGACCGACGUGCGUCUCCCUGGUCAUCAGAAACGAGAGUUUUAGGAAAGAUGGUGUGGUGAGCUUUUCCUUGAAACCAGCAGCGGUAAACCAGGUGGUUCAAUUAACAGCCUUCAAGCCUUCAGCCGGGUGCUGAGCCAUGUGACCGAAGGUGGGCGGAGUCAUGGGACAAGAAGCCCACAGCGAUCCCGG